CCUAAUUUUCUUCCUUUCUCAACAUUCCAGUGCCAGAACCAACCAAAAAGGCAAAAAAAACACCACAGAUGACAAGAAAAAAGAAUUGAGAUUACUCAUACUCAACCUGAAAAAAAUAAAAUGUUCAAAACAACCACGGCCACUUUACUAGUCAUAGCCACCUCUUUCUCCUUUCUUCUCUUGUCUCCACCACCAAAAUCAUACUAUCAUUCCCUCUACAUAUCAGAUUCCCUCUCUGACAAUGCUUCGGUGUCCCACCACCUCUAUACCCUCACCCGCCUUCCCCAUGUUGCCGGCUCUCAGGCCAACGCAGAGGCUGCCGCUUAUGUUCUAUCAAUAUUCACCUCUUGCAACAUCCAAUCGCACAUUAAUUCCUACGAUGUAUUGCUAACUUACCCAGCUUCACGUUCACUGACAUUAACAAGAUCCCCGGACCCACCAAUAAACUUUGAUCUCCGUCAAGAAAUCUACGAUGGUGAUCCAUAUGUAGAUGUGGCUGAUGAAGUUCUUCCUACGUUUCAUGCCUAUGCAAAGUCAGGAACGGUUACUGGACCAGUGGUGUAUGUGAACUACGGCCGCGUGGAGGACUAUGCAUCACUAAAAGAAGUGGGAGUGAACGUUACGGGGACUCUGGUAUUGGCACGCUAUGGGCAAAUUUACAGAGGGGAUAUUGUUCAGAAUGCGUUCCAGGCUGGUGCAAUAGGAGCUCUGGUGUACACUGAUAGGAAGGAUUAUGGCGGUGGGGGUGGGGGUGCCAGGUGGUUUCCAGAUGACGAGUGGAUGCCACCAAGUGGGGUUCAAGUAGGGACGGUCUAUAAUGGUUAUGGAGACCCUACAACACCAGGAUGGGCGAGCUCGGAUGGAUGUGAAAGGCUAUCGUUGGAAGAGGUAGAGAAGGGAGGGGAUGUGCCACUGAUCCCUUCUUUGCCGAUAUCAGCAGAAGAUGGGGAAACAAUUUUAAGGUCUAUUGGUGGGGAAGUGGCUAGAGAAGAUUGGCAGGGAAGUGAGGAUGCUCCUACUUACAGGGUUGGACCAGGACCCGGGAUUGUGAAUCUUAGUUAUACGGGGAGGCAAGUGAUAGAAACUAUUCAGAAUGUCAUUGGUGUGAUUGAAGGAUCAGAGGAGCCAGAUAGGUUUGUCGUUUUGGGUAACCAUCGAGAUGCAUGGACAUUUGGAGCUGUUGAUCCCAACAGCGGUACUGCAGCACUACUAGAGGUUGCCGAGAGACUGGGUAAACUGCAGAAGAGUGGGUGGAAACCUCGACGAACAAUCAUCUUGUGCAAUUGGGAUGCUGAGGAGUAUGGCCUGAUAGGAUCAACAGAGUGGGUAGAAGAAAACAAGGAAAUGCUGGCCUCAAGGGCUAUUGCUUACUUGAAUGUUGACAGUGCAGUCUAUGGAGCAGGAUUUUAUGCCUCUGCAACUCCACAGCUUGAUGAACUAAUAAAACAAGCUACUCAACAGGUAUAUCUCCAAAGCACUAGAAUAUGCUAGCAAUAGCAACUGACAGCAAUAAGAACAGCUAAGAGCAUCAGAAGGAACAAACAAUAAACAUUUAGCGGACAC